UCUUCCAUCUGACCACAUGCACCAUAGAAGGUAGCAACUAGCAAAGAGGAUCAAAUUGUAGAAAUGACAUCAAUCUCCAUGACAGCUUCAAUCCUUGGCUUUCCGGCCGUAACCAACCGGUCAGCCGCAGCAACACAGAGAAGAUUCGUUAUCAACGCUGUCAGGGCUGUUGAAGGGGAAAAGAUGGUCAGAUAUGACAUCAACAAGGAGGGAAGCAAUGGAAGGAGAGAGUUGAUGUUUGUUGCAGCAACAGCUGCUGUUUGUUCUGUUGCUGGUGUUGCAAUGGCAGAUGAAGAUGAACCUAAAAGAGGUACCCCAGAAGCCAAGAAAAAGUAUGCCCCUGUUUGUGUCACUAACCCAACAGCUCGGAUUUGUCGCAAUUGAGGCUCUUGGUUUACUUUUCUUGAUUGGGAAUGUACAAUGGGGUUGUGUUGUGGUGUUUAUAUUUCAUUUAAUGGUUGCUGUACUAUUAUAAUUUGUUCAUAAAAACAUAAACUUGCCUUA